GGUCAUAUAUAGAGCUAAAAUGACAUUUUCGCUCCCAACUUUGAACUAAAGAACCUAAGGACUCAUUUGAUUCUUAUUACAUGACUAAUGUUAAUUGACUAUUGUUAUAGGAAUUUUCGCAUCCAAAGAAGUCGAAUUCUAAGCCUAAGUCCAACUUAGAGGUCGUGGGUAGUUGUGAUCGUAAAACACAAGAAUCAACCACCAAAAGCAAGAAAGCGGGACUUGUACACGAUGCAAUUCAAGGUCUUGGCCCGUCAUGCAAAUACUUGAAGUUUAUCAUGACUUCGGCGCCUGAUGAUAUAUAUGAUAUUACUACCAUCCCAUUGGCAUCCUCAGUUUGGCACUCGGAUUUUGAUCAAGAAACAUACAUAACUGCGUCUGAUAUAGGAGAGUUCCUUCGCGGGGCGUGCUUAAACAUUUCAGCGAUCCAAGUCUACAUAUUGUGUUUAUUGCACGAUCAUGCCAAAUCAUUUGAAAUGUCUCGGAUUUCGUUCAUUUGUCCCGAGAUUAUGUCAAGCACUAGAAUCAAGGCCGACCCUGGAGCGCCAACAAUGUAUUUGAAAAACAUUUUCCAAGCUGAAAUUGAAAAGGAGAAGAUGGGUAAUCCUAACCUAACUAAUUGGUUUUUAAUCCCAUAUAAUCAAGAAAAUCAUUGGAAUUUAUACGUGAUGGACCUACGUAGAGGUUAUGUAUAUAUUUUCGAUUCUGCUAGAGAUCCACGUCGAACAGAUUAUGCAUGGGGAAUCUUGAGUUUGUAAGUUCUUUUGCUUACAAAUUACAUUAGUCUUUAAGAAACCUAAGCCAAAAUCAUAUUCAUGAGUACCCAUGUUUCGUUAAUUUUCUAGGGCAUACCAAGUGUACAAGUGCAAUGGUGGGCAUUGUCCGAAUAAAACGAGUUUUAAGUCGUGUAAACCCAUUCAUAUAGAGGUAUAACAUGUUUCUUAAUUAGCUUUUUGCUUUGUUUUUAUUAACUAUUGGCCUUGCAAGAUAAAGUAUUAUGUUUCUUAAUCAGUGUGCUCAACAAAUCGGCGGAAC